CAGAGAGCACUCCCUCCCUCUCUCUCUCUCUCUCUCUCUCUGCUCCUCACUCCUCGCUGGACGCCAUUGAAGCACUUCGAAGAAAGUAGCAGAAGAAGAAGACGGAGUAGAAACUAGAAACCGACCACUCUAAGAAAUCCCUCAAACUAUUCACCGAAACCUCCAAUCGCAAACCCACAUUUUGCCCACCGAGUUGCUUGCUUCUACCCUUUCAUCUGCCUUCUUCCUGUAACUGUCCCUUCCCCCCGCCCCAACAACCCUAAUCACCUUUCCUCAAAGCAAAAUGCAGCAACCCAGACCCACUUCCCUCUUCCUUCUCUUCUUCUUCUUCCUCUUCACCACCACCACCCAUUUCUCAGUAAUGGCGAAAUCCACAAUCGAGCCCUGCUCCAACUCCGACUCCUGCAGCGCCCUCCUCGGCUACACGCUCUACACCGACCUCAAAGUCUCGGAGGUCGCUUCCCUCUUCCAAAUCGACCCAAUCGCGCUCCUCACCGCAAACUCCAUCGACAUCUCUUACCCGGACGUCGAGAAUCGCAUCCUGCCUUCCCAGCUCUUCGUCAAGAUCCCAAUCUCCUGCUCCUGCGUCGACGGCAUCCGCAAAUCGGUGUCCACCCACUACAAGACGCGCCCUUCCGACACUCUCGCCGGCAUCGCCGACUCGAUUUACGCCGGGCUGGUCUCGGCGGACCAGAUUAAGGAGGCCAAUUCGAUACAGGACCCUUCUGCUGUGCUUGACGUCGGGGAGACACUCGUGGUUCCUUUGCCGUGUACUUGUUUCAAUGGGACGGAUAACUCCCUGCCGGCGAUCUACCUCUCGUAUGUGGUGAAGGAUGUGGAUACUCUCACCGGGAUUGCUGCUAGGUACACCACGACUAUCUCUGAUUUGAUGAAUGUGAAUGCUAUGGGAAGCCCUGCCAUCAAGGCUGGUGACAUUCUCGCCGUGCCGUUGCCUGCUUGUGCUUCUAGGUUUCCACGAUACGCCUCUGAUUCUGGUUUGAUGGUGCCAAAUGGUAGCUAUGCCAUCGUUGCCAGUCAUUGUGUACAGUGCAGCUGUGGGCCUGCGAAUCUCAACUUGUACUGUAUGCCUGCUUCAUUGGCGGUGUCUUGUUCGAGCAUGCAAUGCCGUGGCAGCAAUCUUAUGCUUGGAAAUGUAACGCAGCAGCAGAGCAGUGCUGGGUGUAAUGUGACAUCUUGUAGUUAUGGUGGAUACGUUAAUGGCACUAUAAUCACCUCGUUGUCCACAUCCCUUCAACCACGAUGCCCAGGACAACAGCUGUUUCCUGCACUUGUAGCCCCUCCUACAACAGUAACCAAGGAUGCAACAUUCUCGCCAGCACCAGCACCGUCCCCUCAUGGAUAUGGCAGCGGCAAUAUUGGGCCGAGUACAGUUCCGGCAACCGGCUCAAUGCCAGCAGGGUUUCCCGGGGCGAACGGUCCAGUUGGAAGUGCAUCAGGAUCAGAUGCCUGCUCAUUGGUGAUCCCUCCUUUAGGAAGUAGUUUCUUUGCAGCUUCAUUUGCUCUGUUAUUGCUCGUCAGGUUAAUGUUGUAGGCUUGUAGCAACUUUGUUGUGUAAGCUAGCUUCGGUGAGGGUUCUUGUUUUGCUCCAAUUGUUUCGGUUUUGCUGGCAUCCAAUUGCAACCAUUGACUAUUUUGUAUGUAGCUAGUUUUGAUUCAAAAAUACUUCCCCACUCUUCUUCAACGACUGAUUUUAGUGAUGUCAAGUACCUGUUGUAGGUCUUUUGGGGAUGCUGGUAUAUUAUUGUCGAUUUCUAGUUGAUCUGUUGAUGAUGACCUUAAUAUGUUACAAAUGGUGUGAUAUUGAUGAUAAUUCCUGUCAAUGUAAAAUGUGGACACAAAUUUUGAG